CUCUCUGCCCUCAAAUUCCGCGCUAUUCUCCGCUCCCCUUUAAAUACUUACAAAAUUCCCUUCCCAUUUCCUCACCACUAACUCCCAAAUUCCCCACAUCUUCUUCCCGCUCUCACCGCAUCGUUGAAAUCACAGCCAUGGUCGGUGUUUUCCGGCGAUCCUUCUCUUUUCCGAACAAGGCUCACCCCAAGCCCGCCCUCUCUCAUCACGUCCGUUCCAUCAGUCUUCCCUCCAGACCCCACCCCUUGAUUUUCCACCUCAAGGACGAGAUCGCCAAUCUCCGUUCCUGGUCGCUCAGUUCCGAGUCCCGUACCGCCGCCUGGAUCUGCGACGGCUUGAACCGCCUCAAAACCGUACACAACCAUCUCGACGACAUUCUCAAUCUCCCUCAGACUCAAGAAUCCCUCCGCCACCAGCCGCACUGGAUGGAUAAGCUUCUCGAACAUUUCUUACGCUUCGUCGACGUUUAUGGAAUCUUCCAGACUUUGAUUCUCUCGCUCAAAGAAGAGCACUCCGCCGCGCAGGUCGCGAUGAGGAGAAAAGACGAAGAGAAGAUCGCGUUAUAUGUUAAAUCUAGGAAGAGGUUAGCUAGGCAAAUGGCGAAACUAGUUUCGACCGUACAGAAGAAAACCAAAACGGCCGAGCAAGGCAACAUCACCACCGAUCUUGCUGCCGCGAUCGGAGAAGUCAUCGGAGUGACGAUGGCGGUUUCUCUGGCGCUGUUCAACGGAAUCGCAGAAUCAUUCAGGACAAGGAAGCCAUGGGCGUGGACAGGAUUUGAUCAGGUAUCGAAGAAGGGGAAAAAAUCGGCGGAAGAGGAGAAGGGGAUUCGAGAGUUCAGAGAAAUUGGAUCUGAGAAUUUGAGAGAAUUGAAGAAGAAAGGGAAAGAGGAGACGAAAAGGACGAUGAAGAAGAUGCGAGAUUUGGAGGAUUGGAUUGGAGACAUUGAAACUCAAAGCCAGAAGGUUUUCAGAAGUUUGAUCAGCGCCAGAGUAUCGUUGCUAAACGCUCUGUCGCAGCAACAGAUAUUACAAAAAUAGAUGCAACUAUUUUCACCAAAUUACUAUACUAAUUAACUAAAUAUAUGUACAUGAUUCACAUAUUUUGAUCCCUUCUGUGAAGA